UCCAAGGUCGAUGUGGGGAAACAUCCUCUACACAUCGACCUUCUACGCUUCCCCGUGCAUAGUGGAAACAGCAUCUAGUUCAAGUAUGUCGGCUGUCCUCAGCAGUAUUCUAAUUUCCGUGCUGUUUUGGACCAACUCUGGACAAGCAAGCGUUCAACGCAUGCAAUGGUGCGGCAGAGGGCUAAAUCCUAUUGAUAGUGCUCGUCUUGGACGCAUCACAACCCAAGCCUUAUGGGCUUGUAAGAGCCAUGUGAUGGAGUUGGACGUACGACCAAAGCUGAUUCGGGAAGCGAAGAGAGCGUGUGCGGUCGUACGACUGUGCUACGCCAUGGCUGAAGUGCCUCGCCAGAAUAGCGCAGCCUUCAAGGACAUCAUAUUCCACUGCAUGAAACUUUCUUUGGAAGCCAUGGAGAUGCUGAAUCCAGGCAUCCUGGAAGAAUACAACAUCAAUAUAACUACGUUCAUGGGAGUUGGAAGGGACUGCCUGUACGGUUUGGUGCCCUUGGAAGAAAAGCUGGGCCUGGGUAUAAUCAGGUUUGCCUUUGACUACAUGUCCGGCUAGAGGACUCUUCGCAUCACAAGAAAUAAUAA